CUCGCUCGCCUCAGGCCGGUCUCUAGAGGGCGCUGCCGAAAGACCGCACGCGAAGGAACGCGACGCGAAACGCGCAUAAAUUUGGGCGCCGCCGCUGCCCGUCGCUGGCGUCCUCAAGAUGGCGGCCCCGCAAGAUGUCCACGUCCGUAUCUGUAACCAAGAGAUUGUCAAAUUCGACCUGGAGGUGAAAGCGCUUAUUCAGGAUAUUCGAGAUUGUUCAGGACCAUUAAGUGCACUUACUGAACUAAAUACUAAAGUAAAAGAGAAGUUUCAGCAAUUGCGGCACAGAAUACAGGAGCUUGAGCAGUCAGCUAAAGAGCAAGACAAAGAGUCAGAGAAACAAGUUCUGCUCCAGGAAGUGGAGAAUCACAAAAAGCAGAUGCUCAGCAAUCAGACCUCAUGGAGAAAGGCUAAUCUCACUUGCAAAAUCGCUAUCGACAAUCUAGAGAAAGCACAACUUCUCCAGGGAGGAGACCUCUUAAGGCAAAGGAAAACCACCAAAGAGAGCCUGGCCCAGACGUCCAGUGCCAUCACGGAGAGCCUCAUGGGGAUCAGCAGGAUGAUGUCCCAGCAGGUCCAGCAGAGCGAGGAAGCCAUGCAGACGCUAGCCAAUUCUUCCCGGACUAUCCUGGAUGCAAAUGAAGAGUUUAAGUCCAUGUCAGGGACCAUCCAGUUGGGACGGAAGCUUAUCACAAAAUAUAAUCGCCGAGAGCUGACGGACAAGCUUCUCAUUUUCCUUGCCCUGGCCCUUUUCCUUGCUACGGUCCUUUAUAUUGUAAAAAAGCGGCUCUUUCCAUUUUUGUAAGAUCUGGAAUUACCAGCUUUUGCCCAUUAAGCUCCAGUGUCAGGAUCUGUCCAUGCUUCUGAGCUCAGCCCAGGCUGCCAAACCGGUGCACACCUCGUACACCUCUGCGGCCUGCUCAAAGUGCUCAUCAGGUGGUUUGCGGACCCAGCCCCCCAGCUUUCUGCAGGCAGCCGGCUGGCCUGUGGAAGGUGAGUAGAGCAAGAGGAAGCCUGUUACCAGGACACCUGCAGGACACAGGGACUCCAGGAGCCAUCACCCGGUGUGUGUGGCUGUCCCAUGGGGCAUGCAGAGGCCAGCCUUCAGGAUUGGAUCCUCCUCACUCUACUUCUCCUGCUAUAGCCUUAAUGCCAGAUCUGGAAGGAAGAGAGAAUUGGGGAGAAGAAGGAUAAGGAAAACUCAUGUCCAUUCCUUGAAUAAACUUGACUAGAUUUAAUAGAAUGAAAUGCAUGUGGAUUUAUAAGGUAUCCUUCUGGGAAUGUGUAUCCUGUUUUUGAUGUCCAGAUUUCUUUGACAUAAACUUAGAUCAUUUAUUUGUUCAUUCAACAAAGGAUUAUUAAGCGAUAGCCACAUGCAAUGUAUUACAGACACUGCUGACUGUUACAAAUACUUGGUAAAGCAGCUGUGGUUCCUCCCUCAGGGAGCAAGAAGAACAAGGUCUCGUAUGCGCUAAAAAAGUAGGUUACAGAAAGCCCCCACAGGAGGUGGCUGACACCACAUCUAAAAAGGCUCAGGCAGACAUCCUUCUCUUUCUGUGUACCGUGGUGGGCCUGGCCUGGGGGUGUGCCAUGUCUUGGGGGCUGGCGCAUGUCUCUCUGAGGUCCAGAGCUAAAUAUAACCAUGAGAGCAGGGCUAGUGAUAAGCUGAGGCCUGUCUGGACCUGAGUUCUGUUGAGGCCUGGGGGAUACUAGGGCUCAGGCUGGGAGAUGUUAGUGUCUCCUUAUGCUAUAGGCCUGACUGGCCUCACUUAUGAAAUCCAGCCUCCCCACUAUUUAUAGCCCCAGAGGCCCUGGGAGGUGUAACGUAAAGGCAGAGGGGAAAGUGGAAAGAACAUGGACUUUGAACCUUGGUUUUGAGUCUCGGCUCUACUAUAAGGGACUAUGUGACCACAGGCAAGUUACCUUGUGUCACUAAGCCUCAGUUUCCCCACGUGUAAAGUGGGGGUGCUAGUCCAUGUAGACAUUUGUAGAGUCAAAAUGAGAAUCAGACAAGAAUGUAAAGUAACAAAUGCAGCUUCUGUCUGACUGGACAGUGGGCUUCCCGAAUGGGGCCACCUCCAGGACUCUGGGCCCUGAGGUUUCCUGCAGCAAACGGGCUUCAGUGAAAGCUGGCCUGGGCAUCGGAGGUUCUGUUUAGAUCUGCUUGAGCAGAGGGAGGGUGUGAACAGUUACGGCUUCAGUUACGAAGUGCCAGAUUGUCACAGGACCAAGUAUGUAAGAGAUUGGCUGCACACCUCAGACUAGUUAAUGAGCACGUUCUAGGUUAAGUGUGUGUGUGUGUUUGUGUGUGUACAUGGUACAGAUACACACUUCUCUAUAUAUAUCAUUCUUAAACAAUUUCUGGCCUCAGAAGACACUCAGUGCAAAAUGUACACGCAUGUGUCUUAUUUAUAGUCAAAUUAAAGCUGAGAAUAAAGCACAGAUGGGAAAUUCCCACUCAGAUUCCAGCUGUAAGUGCAGCAGAUGGAUGUUAUCAAUUUAGGAUUUUCUUGUCUUAACAUUUUUCUUUACUACUUCCCACUAAUUGUCAACAUCCUCCUUACAAUAUGGGAAUGUGUGGGCUCUGUACUCCUUAAAAAAAUCUCCCUUUGACUUUAUUCUUCUUUAACUUACUUCCUUCUCCAAAUAGGUUGAAUUUGAAAUGUCAUCAGUAGCAUUAUGUCUUGCAACCCCAAUCACCCAGCCACGGGGAUUCAAAAUCAUCCCCAAGUGAGUGGGCUGGCUGGGCAGAAAGCAGCCAUUGCCAUGUUCAACCGUGAGGGGGCAGUGUUCACAUUUGCUCUGUGGUCUUGCUGUGUUUAGGACUCCCCAUCAGUCGACG